UUGACGAUCACUCCUCUCACACUGUCUUUGUCAUUUUCGUUCUCUCUGUCUGUCUCUCUCCAUCUACGCUUCUCUCUCUCUCUCUGUGUCUCUCUCUAUUUCUCUCUUUCUUUCUGUGCGUCUCUAACACUCUCGCUUUUCUUUAUCUCUCACUGUAUGUUUCACACUUUCUCUUUCUCUCUCUCUCUCCAUCUACGCUUUCUCUCUCUCUCUUUUAUGUCCCUCUGUAUUUAUUUCUGCAUCUUUUCACUAUCUUUUCUUUAUAUCUCAUUGAGCGUCUCUCUCUCUCUUCUCCAUAUCUCUCUCUGUAUUUCACUCUUUUGUGCGGCAUCUUUCACAUCUCACUCUUCUCUCCUUUUUUUUAUUUCUCUCUUUCUUUUCUGUGCGUCUCCACGUUCUGCAUUUUUUAUCUCAACUGUACGUCUCUUCUUUCUCUCUCUCUCUCUUCUGUUUCUUUUUCUGUCCUUCUUUCUGUGCUUCUUUCGGUCUCAUCCAACUUUUCUUUUACAUCUCAGUGUGCGUCUUUCUCUCUCUCUUUCUGUGCGUCUUUUAGUCCCUGUAUUUUUUAACUCAUACUGUGUGUCUCUUUUUCUUUCUGUAUUUCUUUCUUUCUCGCUGCGCGUCUCUCACUCUCUGUGUUUCAUUAUCCUAAACUGUGCGUCUCUCUCUCUCUCUCUCCCCGUUUCUCUCUUUGUUUUUGCUGCUUUCUCUGCAACUUCUCUUUUCCCAAUCUCGUUCUGUCUUUACAUCUCUCUCUCUCUCUCUCUCUCUCUCUCGUUGCAUAUCUCUCUUUCUUUCUCUGUAUUUCUCUCUCUGAAUUUUCUCUAUCUUUUUGUGUCUACAUCUCUCAGCCUAUGUAGCUUUCCCUUUCUCUCUAUCUCCAUCACCUCUGUCUCUCUCUCUUUCUCCCCCCUCUCUUUCUCUCAAUCUACCUAUCUCUGCAUUUUCCUCAUUCGGGCUGCUUCACCUUUUUUAACUGUCAAAAUUGCAUUUUCUCUCUCUGUAUAUAUAUAUCUCAAUGUUUUCCCCUCUCUAUAUUACAGCAUCUCUCUCUCUUUCUCUCUCUCUCUCUUUCUGUCUAUGUUUCUCUUUUUCUUUUUCUGCCUUUCUCCCUAUCUCUUUGUGUCUUCAUCUAUCCGUGUAGGUCUCUCUUUCUCUCUCUCUCUCUCUCUCUUGCUUUCUCUCUCUCUCUCUCACUUUGUCUACAUUUUUCUCUUUCUGGAUGCUUCAUUUUUUCUAAAAUUGUCAAACCUACUGUAUCUAUCUGCCUCGUUAUCUGCUUCAACAUAUUUUUCUUUCUUCUUCCUCUUCCUCAUUCUUCUUGCACUCCUCCUCCCCAUUCUCCCCCUCUUCGUCACCCGCUUUUAUUUCUGUUCUUCCUAUACUUUUUCCUCUUUUCUUAUCUUCGUUAUCUCUCUUUCUAUAUUAGUUUUACUCCAUCACUUAACUUUCUUUCUUUCUUUCUUUCUUUUUCCUUUCUUUCUUUUUUCCUUUCUUUCUUUUUCCCUUUCUUUCUUUCUUUGUAAUCCCUUUGUCGUUUCUAAUCUUUUCUUUCUCUGUCCCUUUUUAUUUGUAAUUCUCUCUUUUUAUGGUUUGUCCUCUCCCCUUGCCUUAACACAUCAGAACACGAUCUAUCUCUUUCUCUCUCUAUCUAUCUAUGAUUUUUUCUAUUCUUCUCUUUCAAACUCGCUGACAACAUGUAUUUCAGUCAGUUCGUAUCUAUGCUCGACAGAUAUAUCAAUUUAUUUUGAUCGACGAAUUCGUAGACACUUAUCUUUCUACGUCUAUCGCUAUUUAUAUAUGCAUGUAUCUAAGUCAGGAUCUAUCUAUCUAUCUAUCUAUCUAUCUAUCUAUCUAUCUAUCUAUCUGCACCCACUUGACAACUACGGGUGA